AUGCCAGCCCCGGUAUUUCCUUGGCGCCAUUGGCCAACAGCUCCGGUUCCGCGCCCAGCAGUCACAGAGCCAACCACAAAAUAUGAUGCCGUCGUUCGCAUGCUGUCGCUGGCCGAGUUCGCAAAGUCCAAGCGCAUACUGCUCAUCCAGGGACGGGGCUCCGAGUUUGCCGUUGAAGAGGUCCAUGAUGUGCGCAUCAUAUCAGUAGUGGGGUUAUUUAACAAGGGAAAGACCUUCUUUUUGAACAAGCUCUUCAACGUCAACCUACCUUGCGGCAAGACAAAUGUCACGGAAGGCCUCUCAUGCCUGUACAUCAAAGAACGCCGAAUGCUGAUCAUCGAUUCUCCUGGAGUGCAGUCAACGGUCUCCUUCAGGUCAGACAGCAUGGAUAGGGUUGUGGAUGCUCAAAGCACAGAGGCCUUCUUGCAUGAGCUCCUCUCUCAGAUCUCUCACCACGUCCUUUUCGUAGUCAAUGACUUCACUUCCUUUGAGCAGAGGUACAUGCAGCUGUUCCAGGAGAAGGAACAGUCAUGUCACCGAGGAGUCCGCGAGAUAGUUGUCAUCCACAACCUGUGUGACACUGCAGAUCCGAAAGAGGCAGAGGAUCUGUUUUGCAGGCAGAUCAGCUCACGGUAUGAUGGCAUCGAAAGUCAUCUAAGCAAGCUGGUGUACCACUCAAGACGCACUCAAAGGGUUCAUCCAGGUGCUGAGGAGCAUGACAGAGAGACGGUUGUUCAUCACAUCGCGAUUUGCAAGGAUGGCACUCCGGCCGGUGACCAGUUCAACAGCAGCAACUUGAGUUUGCUACUAGAACAUCUUGAGCACACGAAGAAGUUGCCCGACCAAGUUGUGUUCACGAAGCUUCUUGGUGACGCCAUGGAGGGCUUGCUGCCCCGGUUCUUCUUUGUGGAAGGUUCCGUAGAUCGGAUUCUCCAGUACGAGUCAGACAGGAAUGGUGAAGCAGAAUCAGAGCAGGAUGAUGCCAUGUACCCAGUGGGGUUCUUCACCACGUCGUGCAAGAAGCUGGAGGUCAAGACCGAAGGUGUUAUCUCCGACUCAGGUGAGGUGCUCUCGCAUGACAAGUCUUUCAAUCCAGAGGUUCUGGUCUAUGACCAGCAAGUCGGACAGUACCUCGUGCGGAGGUUAGUUGUUGAGUGCCCGGGCAUCCGCCAUGAACAUGUGAAGUGGGAGACGGAGGGCGGCGUAAUCACACUCCAAAUCAAGAAGCUACCCUUGGUUGAUGAAGGCUCAGUGAGAGCAGUCUAUGGGCUUCGCCAGCAGUUCGGGGUUUUCAAAAAAAGGAUCCCUUUGCCAGAUGGUCCCUUUGAGCUAGCAGAGGAGGAGUGCACUCUCGAUCGCGGGGUCCUGACCGUGACUCUGAAGAAGUGUCUUCUCAAGAGGCCCAUUGCUGAAUCGCCAGCAGUGCCUGCUUCCACGACCUCUUCCCUCCCCUCAGAGGCUGCCGGGUUGCAAGGAGCCGGAGCAGGCUCUGAUGCACAUCCUUCCGCCCAGGAGCAGGAGACCUUCACUGUGAUCAGCAACGGCCUUGAGAAGAUUGAGUCCCCAGCGCCCCACUGCUUCACCCAGACCUCAGCAGUUUUGACACACACAGGGACCCAAGGGGUAGCAGACAUUGCGGGCUCUGGGGGCGCAGUCAAGUCGGUUGUCCUCGAGACUGAGCCUUGCGAUGGCGAGCCCGGCAGUUCCCAGACGCCAAAAAACGGAGGCAGCCAUGAACUCGCCGUCCUCAAGUGGGAUGGCGGUGAGUUCCGUGUGACGGCUGACCAUGUGCUUCUCACGCAAGUCAUUGGCCAGGUUGGGUGGAUACCAAAGGAGGCCCGAUUGGUGUGUGCUCACGAGGAUCAGUUGCUUGUGGCACCUUCUGCAUCUGCCAACCUGCAGCUUGCUACGAUUACAGAAGUUUCCAGUUAUGAAAUCACGGAGGAUGUGAUUGAAGUGUCCAUGGAACUUCCCUCAGACAUGAUGUUGGCUGCCAGUAUGUUGGCGGCCGGGCCGUUCGUGACGGUUUUCGGGAAGCAGCCCAGUGCUGCAAGCUUGCACAAUGUGCCUGGGACAUAUGCAGAUAAC